UUGUAAACAUGGUCCGAAAAUGCAAUUGGUGUGUGGCGUCUACCACAAAAUUAAUAGAGAUGUAUGAAGCUGAUGAGGCGCUUUACAAUGUGAGGCACCCUGAAUAUAAAAAUAGAUUAAGACGAUUGGAGAGCUACAAAAAUAUUAUUAGCCGUGACAUACGGCCUGGGUGCACGGCUGGCGACGUUAAAUAGAAAAUUGAUGGCCUCCGCACAAUUUACUCCUACGAGAAAGCAAAAGUACGUAUCGGCAUAUUUCUUCCUUUUUAUUAACGCAAGUAAAGUUUACACGACAUACAAAUGAUUAGCAUUAAUUUGUUCACUGCAGCAACUUGAAGCACACAAUAAUGUUUACAUAACCUACAAGUAGUUUACAUUAUUUUCAUUGCUAUUAUUGGAGAUGGAUAAAACCAAAAGUGGAGCCAGUGCACAGGCGGCGUCCACUCCGCAAGUGUACUGCUUCCACAUGCUAAAGUUUCUCGACCAGGCCACAGAGGCGGACGAGAGUGUCUAAUAUCGAGAGCACAGAAAGUGGAAGUGAACGAGGUACACCAACAUUCGAAGAAAUGUUUGAGCAUGAAAUGCAGGCUCAACAAGAACCUUCAGUCACAUGCAAUGAGCCACAGCCACAGCUCCAGCAUCAAGAGCGGCCUCCCACAAAAAUAAGGAAAGGCACAACAGAUGUUGCAACAGACGUCAUUGUGGAGGCCACCAGGACAUUGAAGGCUGUGGCUGAUAUGGCCAGGAAUCUGCCCCAACCUGUCCAAGAAGACCGCUACAGUGCCCGUGCCAUCCACAUCACAGCUGAACUGCGUGAGAUGGAUAAUGUGAGUGGUAAGGAAUUUACAACGGGCACAAUACAUGGUUUGCAGCGAUAUUUGAUGGACAGAUGAGAUUUGCUGCAUGCGACAACUCAACAAGCACAACCGUCCGCCUCUGGAUAUAUCCAGGUUGCCUUGCAGCAGGCUGGUAUAGAAGUUUUUUUAGCUCUCCAGUCUUCUUAAUCUAUUUUUGUAGUCAGGAUGCCUCAUGUUGUAAAACACCUAACCAGCUUCAUACAUCUCUAUUCAUUUUGUAGUUUCGGACACC